UGACCUCGAAUUUUCUCUCAAAUUCCUUCUCUCUCUCCCUCCCCUUCCUCUCUGCACCUCCCCCUCACCACCCCUCAGUGUGCUCACGUCUUUCAGUCCAUCAGCGAUGCCCGGCCCAGUCAUGCCGAUGGAAGUGGCCAUGAGAUUCUACAUCAGCCACUCUCCGCCGCCGCUGCGGGGUUUCCUCAGCUCCUACGAGGAGCUGCAGCGAGCCAACAACCGGGUCAACCAGUCCACGGGCCGCUGCCUCAAGCAGCGGCUCUACAAACCCCUGCGGCCCUGCCUCAGCAGCCAGCACAAAGACGAUGGCUGUGUGACCUGGAACAACAAGGCCGGCAAGAAGAGGGUGGUGUUCGCCGACACCAAGGGGAUGUCACUCACAGCCAUCCACGUCUUCUCCAAGUUCGACGAUGAGCCGUAUAAAAACAAGCGUUGUGGAGGCAUCAUGGAGGAGCUGCAGUUUGACAUGACAGACCUGGAAUCAGCCACCAAGGAUCUAAAGAUCAGCUCUGUGGGCAGCCUGGCGCUGGACUUUAAUCAGCCCUCCGCCGACUACCUGGAUUUCCGGAACCGCCUGAUUCAGAAUUCGGUCUGCUUGGAGAACUGCUCCCUGCAGAAGCGCUCACUGACCGGCACCAUCAAGGUCCGGAACAUUGGCUUCGAGAAGUCGGUGCAGGUACGCGCCACCUUCGACUCGUGGACCAGCUUCACAGACGUCGAGUGCACCUUCAUGAACAACGUGUACGGCUGCCAGGACAAUGACACCUAUGCAUUUGUUCUGGAGCUGCCGUCCUACAUCCCACCACAAAACCAUGUCGAGUUCUGCAUCUGCUUCAAGGUCCAGGGUCAGACCUUCUGGGACAAUAACGACGGCAAGAACUACGUUCUCAAACACGGCGAGGACAAUCUGACGUCCCAGACUUCUGUUGAGCAGAAGAAGCCUCCGGAGCAGACGAACGGUAGCGUGAAGCUUCUGGAGCUGGACUUCGAUCAGUUCGGAAGCCCACGCAUGUCGAGCGGACUGUUCCCCGGCUGGCAGAGCUGGGGUCAGAUCGAUAACACAGUGCCGUACUGGUGAGAGCAGGGGAUUUGAGCUGACAAGCCGCCGAACUGAGCGUAGACGCCAACAGGGUUCAGUGUGACCGGACUGGCUCUCGGCCAAAAACUAAACUAAAGCAAACAACUGUUGCUUUGCAGCAGAGGAAGAACACAGAGUGUUCCGUGUUCAACUGACCUGCUUCUCACUGCAGCAUGAGAGCCGUGACGAGGGAGUGACUCUGUCGUGUUUCACAUGUUCCUCUGUUGUAAAAUAUUACUGUGCCUUCAAAGUAAAACACACAGAAUCUGUACAAUCCACAGCAAAUGUCUGAUGUGUUGAAUCUGCACUGAUUGAUUGAGACGUCUCUCUCAAUGUGAUUUCUGUCAACUGAAGGAGCAGGAGCUGAUGAAGUCCUUCAUAUUGAAGGGAGAGUACGGGGAGUGCACGUCUCUGCUAAAGCAAACACAUUUGAUUCAUUUCUAAUGAAACUUGCACAUUAAACUUUUGCACCUUCAGAUGAGAAAAGUAAUUGAACCUGAUUGAAAGUUGCCGUCAUGUGUGAAAUGUGAGUUUCUGCUUCGUCUGUGUGAUUUGCACACGUUUGACGAUAAAUGUCUGGAUGAUGUAAUUUUGAGAAAAGGACCUGAGCUGCUAUCAACGGACGAGUCUCUGCGUGUGAUCGUUGCCUUGAACGAGGAAGAAGUUGGGAAAUGUCUCUGUGGUCAUCGUACGUCGAGAGAUGGUGUGAAUACCGAAUGUUCGCGUGUUUUUACAAGUGUGAUUCUGUGAUGAGUGUAAAGUAUGUGAGGCUGGGAUUGAGACGAUCUAUAUAUUUCUUUUUUCUCACUGAAGGGUCAGCACCCUUGAAUUCUGUGUUUCACUUGAAGAAGUGUGUAGCUGACAUGCACUGCGUCAGUCAUGUUUUCCCUUUUCUGAAAUAAAUUUAUAUAUUUGUGC